AUGAAGGAAGUGGUACAGAAAGAGGUUAUGAAGCUUUGGCAAGGAGGAGUAAUAUACCCAAUCUCAGAUAGCCCUUGGGUUAGCCCCGUGCAUGUUGUGCCCAAGAAGGGAGGAAUCACUGUGGUUCCCAAUGAGAGGAAUGAACUGAUACCUACAAGAACCGUCACAGGAUGGCGGAUGUGCAUUGACUAUCGAAAACUCAAUGAAGCUACACAAAAGGAUCAUUUUCCUCUCCCAUUCAUGGAUCAGAUGUUGGAAAGACUCGCAGGGCGCAUGCCAUUUGGACUAUGUAAUGCACCUGCGACUUUCCAACGCUGCAUGCUUUCUAUAUUCUCAGAUAUGAUAGAGAAAUUCAUUGAGGUUUUUAUGGAUGAUUUCUCGGUAUUUGGAGAUUCUUUUACUAGUUGCUUGAAUCACCUGACCUUGGUAUUGAAAAGAUGCCAAGAGACCAAUUUGGUCUUGAACUGGGAGAAAUGUCACUUUAUGGUGACAGGAGGAAUAGUUCUUGGCCAUAAGAUUUCUAACCAAGGAAUCGAAGUGGACAGAGCUAAAGUAGAACUUAUUGAAAAGCUCCCUCCACCCAGUGAUGUCAAGGCAAUUAAAAGCUUUUUAGGACAUGCUGGCUUUUACAGAAGAUUUAUUAAAGAUUUUUCAAAAAUAGCUAAGCCCUUGAGUAAUCUCCUUGUAUCAGAUACACCAUUCAUCUUCGAUGAAACCUGCAUGUUGGCAUUCGAGCAUUUGAAAGAAAGAUUGUCUUCUGCCCCUAUCAUCUCCCCACCUGAUUGGAACUUACCCUUUGAAUUGAUGUGUGAUGCAUCUGACUUUGCAGUAGGGGCAGUGUUAGGGCAGAGGAAAAAUAACUUAGUCCAUGAGUUUGAUAUUGAAAUCAGAGACAAGAAGGGAGUGGAGAACAAGGUGGCAGAUCACCUAUCCAGGAUUCCUCAUGAGGAAGGGGAAACACAUGAUAUGAAUGUGAACGAGCUCUUUCCUGAUGAGCAGUUAAUGACAGUGAACAAAGCUCCAUGGUUUGCAAACAUUGCCAACUUAAAGGCAACUGGAGCUCUACCUCCAGGGAUCAAUAAACAUCAAAAGAGGAAGCUCAUGAAUGAUGCAAAAUACUUUGUCUGGGAUGAGCCUUAUCUUUUCAAGAAUUGUUCAGAUGGAAUCCUUAGAAGAUGUGUUUCAGAAGAAGAAGGACGAGAAGUACUAUGGAAUUGCCACGGCUCAUGCUACGGAGGCCACUUUGAAGGGGACAGGACUGCAGCAAAGGUGUUACAAAGUGGAUUCUUUUGGCCCACCCUUUUCAAGGAUGCCAAAGAAUUGGUAAGGAGUUGCAAUGAAUGUCAGAGAUCUGGGAACUUGCCCAAAAGAAAUGCCAUGCCACAGAAUUUCAUUUUGGAACUGGAAGUAUUUGAUGUGUGGGGAAUAGAUUUCAUGGGACCAUUCCCAACCUCAUAUGCAAACAAGUACAUCUUGGUAGCAGUGGAUUAUGUGUCCAAAUGGGUAGAGGCCAUUGUAACCCUAAAAAAUGACAACAAAGUGGUCAUGAACUUCCUUAGGAAGAAUAUUUUCAGCCGGUUCGGAGUCCCAAGAGCCCUCAUCAGUGAUGGAGGGAGCCAUUUUUGUAACAAACCACUAGAGACUCUUCUCCUACAAUAUGGGGUGAAACACAAGGUAGCCACACCUUACCAUCCCCAAACAAGUGGACAAACGGAGAUAUCCAACAGAGAGCUAAAGAGAAUUCUGGAGAAGACUGUAGGUGCAUCAAGAAAAGAUUAG